AUGGUCGUGGUGGUAGUUUCAGAUCCAGUCCAAGUAGAUGUUAUAACCGUGGUAGGAGUAGGCACUUCCACAAUCACCGUAGCAGUUCCUCCUGGUCCGGCUGGAAUUGUUGUAGUUGAGAUGAUAGAGCCGGUCCAUGUAGAUGUCAAGGUGCUGGUUGGGAUUGGGACUUCAACAAUGACGGUAUCUGAGCCACCUGGACCACCUUUAAGAGUAGUAGUUGAAGUUUCAGAACCAGUCCAAGUCGAGGUGAUGAUUGUGGUAGGAGUUGGAACUUCAACAAUAACGGUGUUUGACUGUCCUGGUCCACCCUUGAUGGUUGUAGUGGAAAUAUCAGACCCGGUCCAAGUUGAAGUAAUGGUGGUCGUUGGUGUUGGGACUUCAACAAUGACUGUAUCACUUCCUCCAGGUCCCCCUUUCAAAGUGGUGGUUGAUAUCUCUGACCCAGUCCAAGUAGAAGUUAUAAUUGUGGUAGGAGUAGGAACCUCAACAAUAACGGUAUCGCUUCCACCAGGUCCUCCUUUCAAAGUAGUGGUUGAAAUCACUGAUCCAGUCCACGUAGAUGUAAUGAUAGUUGUAGGAGUUGGAACCUCAACAAUAAUGGUAUCGGUGCCUCCAGGAGAUGCCUUUUUGGUGGUGGUAGAAAUAUCAGAACCGGUCCAUGUAGAAGUCACAGUGGUGAUUGGAAUUGGAAGCUCAACAAGAACGGUGUUGGUACCUCCUGGACCACCGGUAAUGGUGGUGGUGGUGAUUCCUGACCCUGUCCAAGUCGUGGUUAAUGUCGUAGUUGGAGAUGGGGUUUCAAUUACAACGGUAUCAGUUCCACCUGGCACAGCUUUGAUGGUAGUAGUAGCAACUUCUGAACCGGUCCAUGUCGAGGUGAUGGUCGUCACAGGAAUAGGAAGUUCAACAAUUACCGUAGCUGUACCUCCUGGCAGAGCAGGAACCGUGGAUGUGGUGGUUCCAGACCCAGUCCAAGUUGUAGUGAUGGUUGAGGUUGGAAUAGGAUCGUAUUCAACAAUUGUAGCAGUCCCACCGUUCUUGGUUGCACUAUACGUGGUGUACAGAGUUUCCGGACCAGUCCAUGUCGAGGUAAGUGUUGUUACUGGAGUUGGAAGGUCAAUUUCCACGGUACCUGUUUCGCCAAUGCCGGCAGUUUUGGUAGUGGUAAUGGUGGAUUUUCCAGUCCAGUAG